GUUUUCAUUCUCUUCGCCCCUUGCAGCUCUGCGAGGUCCUCCUCCGCCAUCGCCACGCCCUGCCUGAGGUGAAAAGCCAAGGUCCGUCACUAUGGUGCAGCGAUUGACGUAUCGGCGUCGCCACUGCUACGCCACUAAGUCCAACCAGACCCGUGUUGUCAAGACCCCUGGUGGCAAGAAUGUCUUCCAAACCGCCACGAAGAGGGCGAGAGGACCCAAGUGUCCCGUCACUGGAAAGCGCAUUGCUGGGAUUCCUCACUUGAGGCCUACGGAGUACAAGACAUCUCGCCUUCACAGGCACAGGAAGACUGUGAACCGGGCUUACGGAGGCACCAUGGCUGGUUCUGCAGUGCGCGAGCGCAUUAUCCGGGCUUUUCUGGUCGAGGAGCAGAAAAUUGUAAAGAAGGUCCUCAAGAUCCAGAAGAGUAAGGAGAAAUUGGCUGCCAAGGCUCAAUCUUAAUCUGUAAUUGUUUGAUGAUAUUAAUGAGGAUUAUUCAAUGACCGUACCUCAAAUUUCGGAAUUUGCUGAGCCCAUGUUUCGUCUGUGGUUGUCACCUUAAAUCUUCAUGUGGAUGUCUGACUUCAAUAUGUUUCCUUCGUUAACCCUUCUGAGGUUCAGGGCUUUAAAUAGCAGUGGACACGUAUUGUAUUUCGAGGUGCAGUGUUUACUAAGCGGUAGCCCAUCGACGUAGUGGUGAGGUGGAAUUUCCAGUCACCUGUGCUUUUCAUUAAUUUUGGUUGAAAAGGCUGGAGAUAGUGCAAAACCUGUAGCUCUCACUUCCUGGUGCUCCUUAAAAGCUUAUCACAAUGAGCUUGAAUAGAACUAUCUUCUUUUAAUGAAUCCAAAAUGUGCUUUAAAAUUUAUCUGAGCACAA